UUAAAAAAAACUGUAAGAUAGGAAAGGAAUUAAAAUGGUCGAUGCUUUGACAGAAGAGCGUAUCUCCGAAUUCAAGGAAGCCUUUGCGCUAUUUGAUAGAGAAGGAAAAGGCCACAUUCCGGUGUCAGAACUGGGAAAGUUGAUGAGAUCCUUGGGCUAUAGUCCAACGGAAGCGGAGAUUCAAGAAAUAAAAGAAGAAAUCGACCCGGACGGGAACGGAAUCCUGGAAUUUACCGACUUUCUAGUUCUGAUGACGAAAAUGAUGAGAGACGAAGACGACGAGGAAGAGAUAGUCGAGGCUUUCAAAGUCUUCGACAAGGAAGGACGAGGUUUCAUUAAUGCCGCCGAGCUUCGACACAUCAUGACAAAUUUGGGCGAAAAGCUGACAGACGACGAAGUGGAAGAGAUGAUCCGAGAAGCGAAUCCCGACGAGAAGAGUCGCAUUAAUUACGUGGAAUUUGUGCGAAGAAUGGGGAGAAAAGAAUUUCAAUGUCUAUGGGGAUGGAUGUCCUCCGCUGGUCCUGGGGAGUUGGUCUGCAUAGACGGUCACCUCACCGCCGUGCAAUACAUCGAAAUCCUCGAGCAGAUGUUAUUGCCGACGGUGAGGGCCGUCUACGGAGAAGAACGUUUCUUCUUCGUCCAUGACCGCUCCCCGGUGCACACAGCUGGCAUCGUGAAAAGAUGGCUAGAACAACAGCCGCAAGUUGCGGACAUGGGAUGGCCGGGGAGAGGGGCGGACCUCAACCCAAUUGAACAUGUUUGGUCUGAGCUCGCCCGCGGCCCCAUUAACGCAGCCAAUCCCAACGAACUUUGGGACAUCGUCUCUGUUCGUUGGGAAAAGCUGCGCGAGGGCAUGCUUUGUCAAAAUCUUGUGGCAAGCAUGCCCGCGCGUCUUAAUGCGGUCGGGGACGAAGUAGGGAAAGGAAUUAAGAUGGUCGAUGCUUUGACAGAAGAGCGUAUCUCCGAAUUCAAGGAAGCCUUUGCGCUAUUUGAUAGAGAAGGAAAAGGCCACAUUCCGGUGUCAGAACUGGGAAAGUUGAUGAGAUCCUUGGGCUAUAGUCCAACGGAAGCGGAGAUUCAAGAAAUAAAAGAAGAAAUCGACCCGGACGGGAACGGAAUCCUGGAAUUUACCGACUUUCUAGUGCUGAUGACGAAAAUGAUGAGAGACGAAGACGACGAGGAAGAGAUAGUCGAGGCUUUCAAAGUCUUCGACAAGGAAGGACGAGGUUUCAUUAAUGCCGCCGAGCUUCGACACAUCAUGACAAAUUUGGGCGAAAAGCUGACAGACGACGAAGUGGAAGAGAUGAUCCGAGAAGCGAAUCCCGACGAGAAGAGUCGCAUUAAUUACGUGGAAUUUGUGCGAAGAAUGGGGAGAAAAGAAUUUCAAUUUUGAAUCGCAGAAAAAUAUUUGUAACCAAAUUCUAAAAAUUUUUGAUUAAUCAUUUCGUUAAAAUAAAAUUACUUUGUG